CCCGCGCACAGCCCGGCCGGGCCAUGACCCCCGCUGCGCUCUUUCACAGGCUCAUCGCCGCGGCCGCCCGGGUGGGUCCCCGGAUCCCGGGGCGCGGCUCCACAGUGAGCCGUCCAGGAAGCGCUUGCACCGGACGGUGGGGGUGUGGCCCGCGCGUGGACGCCUGUGUCCCCACUACUCCCCAGAGGACACCAAGCUGUGGACCUCUCAGCGCGCGUUCCUUCGGAAUGAACCACACCACCAUUCCUGAGGGCUGGAAGUGAGCCCGGGCCUGCAGGAGUGCCAACAUGGGGCUUAAGCUGUCCUGCCUGAAAGGCUUUAAAAUGUGUGUCAGCAGCAGCAGCAGCCAUGACGAGGCCCCUGUCCUGAGCAACAAGCACCUGGAUGUGCCCAACAUCAUCAUCACCCCCCCGACCCCCACGGGCACAACACUGCCGAGAGACUCGAGGCGGACUGUCUGGCUAGAUGAGAUGGGGACGAACCUGGAUGAUGGAGAAAUGGACCCAGAAGCUUGAGGAGGGGGCACAUGAUGGGGAUUUGUCCACAUGUGCUCCUGUGCUCGCUAGCCACCCCCACUCCAGAUGUCCUGGUGGGGACGUGGCUGCCUGGGACAGCUGUGCUGAGUACACACAUGUGCACAUGUGCUGGAUGGGGAGACGGAGCAAUUCCGGGCCGAGGAGAGCAGCACUUGAGGUGUGGCGAGAUGAGCGAGGAAUCCACCCUACUGCUUCCAGAACAAUGCUUCCAAGGUCCCGCUGAGUGGAACAGACCUCUAAUGCCUAUGUUCCUGCUGACCCUGGUGUGGAAGAGGGGAAGAUCCUUCCCUCAAGGCCCUGGAGAUGGCUGGCAGAGUGCAGGCCAAGGCUCUCUCCUCUGGGAACACAUACCCUCUGCGCCUUGUUUUCUCGUGGCAUCAACACAAACUAGAACUUCUCGCAAGACGAGCAGCUUGGUUUUUUACAAGUUGUUUUACAGAUAUCAAAACAGUCCAAAAAGUGGUUUCUAAUUUCUUUUUUGCAUAUAAAUAAAGAUCCUCUGUGAUGAACAGCAAGUCUUGCUCCUGGGGGCGUUUAAGACAAUUGCUUAGAACAGAGAAGCCAGCCCGGCUUGUGAUGGGCCUUCGGAUAGUCAGUUUGCAGACUACUGUAGGCCUCAGUGUGGUCCAGGUCAGAUGGGUCUGGUGAGUCCCAGGCUCAUCGCUUACCAGCUGUGGGACCCCGCAGGGCCUUCGUUUUCUGUAAAAUUGGGGUAAUAACACAUCUCUAGGAUAGGAGGCAGUGUUGUUUUUUAAAUAACAUUUGAUUGUUGGUAUCUGCAUUUCCCUGUCGGCUGCUCUGAUCUUGGCGUGUAUUUUUAUGUUCAUUUUCUGUGGCUUCUCCUGAGUUUGGUUUUUCUCACUGUCUUAUCGGCUCCCCUAGAAGCAGAGCCUGAGGCAAGGAUUGGGUCCAAGAAGUUUAUUUGGGGGAGAAUCUCAGGAAGCAUCAGUAAGGGAGGGGGGAAGCAAGGCAGGGAAGGGAAGGAACCCCCCAUAAAGGGGGCUAUUGAACCAGUUACCCCCAAGAACACCUAGACUUAGGUCCCCUGGGGGGCCCUGGGGGUAGGCAGUGUGGAACUCCUGUCAUUGUU